ACAAACUCUAUGUGGGUACAGGCCUUCUGAUCCACCACAUCAUGAUGUUCUCCUGUCACUGCUGCAUUUCUGAGUAAGCGUAUCUGCAUGAAGAUACAUAGAAAACAAUCCAGCACAGCACGAAGAGAUCUUUAAACCAGUAACAUGAGAUCUGCUGACCUUUCUGAGAGAAAUGUGAUGGGGCUUUGCUUGAACAGAUGUCUAGCUAUGAAGUGGGAGCAUGACACCAUCAGUUAUUUUUAGCGAAAGUAAUGCCUCUGCUUCUUCUGGCCAGGGUUUGUGACUGUGAUCAGUGGAAGCGUCUGGGUGGUAGAGUGUUUCAGGUUUUUUUUACAAUUACUAGGCAACAGUUUAUAUAUUUGCUCAGUUAUAGAAAUGAUGCAAUAGGCAGUCAGAAGGAUCUGAGUAAUUUAUUUUUUCUGAACGCCCUCAACCUUAUUGAUGGUAGUUUUAGAAUGGAAGUAUAGCACUGUAUAUCAAACUAAGGAUAAGUGAUAGGAACAUAAAAUGUUAUUCUUUCUAAAUGACCCACGAAAGCCUUUGAAAGUAUUCAGAGUUGGCUCUUAUCCCCAAUGAAGCACUUGGACACUAGUCCCUAAAGCUGUUUUGGCAGGAAGUAUAGGGGUCACAUUUAAGUAAUGUACUAAUAUUAUGCUGAAAUAGAUUUAUAUUCUGAAAUAGAUUUAUAUUCUUGGUUGACUUAUGUCAUAGUCAGGUACUCCACGUUUGGCAUCUACAUCACUUCACAUGUCUUCUUUUUCCCUUUUUAACUUUAAAUGUGACCACUGGAAAAUAAAUAUGCAUCAUUGUGCGCAUGUUUCCUUUUGAUCUAUUGCAGGCUUAAUAGUUAUCUCUUUUUUUUACAGGGCCAUGACAUAACCUCUCUGUCUUUGUGUAUAUACAUUAUAUGUUGUACCUGCAAUUAUAUGAUGUAUCUCCUUUCUUUCUCACUCCCCCUUCACCAGGAUCUGUUGCUUUCCCCCUUGAUCCAACCCUCUGGACUGUGGGUAACACUGCUAUUUAAGUCAGCUCAGGGUAAAAAGACAGGAAAUAUAGAUAUCACCAAGGCUGGUAGUUGUUGGGAGGUGUGAGCAAGAAGAGGCAACGUGCAUCUGGUGGUCACACCAAAGAUCAUUCAGCUGACUUUCUUAUGCCUCUAAUUGCCUAAGAUCAGACUGUCUUCAAAAUAGUCCCUGGUGUUCCUUGUAAAAUAGAAAAUUGUAGCUAGUAUAGAACUAACAAAGAUGUCUUACAAUUUCUUGUGGCCUAGAAGUGACUGCCAAGUACUCUUUUGUGAAGUUCAGUAGUGGGUUUGCAAAGUUUUGAAGCAAAUUUCACUUGUACCAUCCACUCCUCUUGAUUGUCUUCUUGUCCAUGUACCACAUGUGGACCACAGGGCCAAAGCAUAUAGCAAAAUGUUUUAUCUGCACUGCAGCUCAUGCUUUCAAAAACUUGGCUAAAGAAAGCAUCACUAUCACCAAGCAAGGCAACUGCAAAGAAUUUUUUCUGCAAAUGAGCACUUUUUCUUCAUAAUUUGCAGUUUUGUUUUUGAAUUGUUACUAGUUAUCCCAUUGUGCCUUGUUAUAGCUCAUUCUCUUUAACCUAUAUUGUCUUUAUAUUAGUGGUGAAAAUAGUUUGCAUUUUUACUGUACUUUCUGCUUUUGUCUUUCCCCCCCUCUGUUUUUGCUGUCAGCUUAAAAUUAUUAAAGUUGUCCCAAGUUUUUCAAAGCUCUAAUUUAAUAGCAGGCAUCAGGCCUGUUCAUUUUUGCUUUAUGCUUCCACAAAGUUCUACUUUGAUUGUCAACAAUUUCAAAUCAAGGUUAGUAGUAAAAUUCUGUAAAAGGAUUUUAUUAUUCAGAGCACUGUCAUAAUAGUAGUUUUCAGUAAUGGAAUAAAUGGGAAGAUCUUAAAAACUUAUUAUUAAUGCUGUAGAAUUAUUUACAGAAAGUAAGUACAGUGUUUCUUUAGGGGGAGUAGCCUAUCUAUACGAAUUGCAGUUCCCAUAAACCAAAACCCUUGUAUAAUACUUUCCUGAAGCCACUAUCAGGGAUGAUGGAAAUUGAAAUCUCUACUGUGGGUGGGAUGCAGACAGAGAGUUCUGUGUAAGGUUGCUCAUCCCUCCAGCUGGGUUACUGCAGUGAGCUCUCUGACUUAUGUUAUGGUUUGAUUUGCAUCCUCUCUCGUGGGCAAAUAUCUGCAUUCAGUGCCUUGCAUGGCUGGGAAAUUGCAGAAGUCACCUAGUCCAAGACACAGGGCUCUGCGCAUUUCAGGUGCGCUGUUUUAAAUACUUCGUUGUUUGUUUUUCUCAAAGGGGAGGAAAAACCCCUCACCCUGAUAUUUGUAGUGUAAGAGGAAAUCUUACCAUUGCAACACCAUCAAUACUAUAAUGCUUCAGGAACAGGGCACCAGUUUUGGGGUUCGGACUUUAAUGAACCUUACCCUGUGGCUGGAGCCGCUGUUUCAGGCAGGUGGCGGUGCCCGGGCAGUGUCCCCCGCCGUGUCCCUCCGCCCCUCCCGUCCCUGGCUGGUCCCCGCGGUUGUGCCACCGCCUCGCGGCGAACGAGGACAGCCGGGAGGCAGGAAAGGGUCUUCACUGAUCAUUUUUGACCGAAUCGUGCCCUUUUACAAAAGCGAGGCUGCAGAGACUGCGUGUAGCUGAUGGGAGUUUGAUCUGGCCGUCUGUGUGUCCCCUGAUGGCUGUGCAUCGACCCGUAUACAGUCAUUUUUUCAUAAUGUAGAUUUUUAUUUAUCUUGUAAUUCAAUCUACUUGUGACAAAACGUUUACUAUUAAUGCAUUAGACAUGUAAUGAGUUAUAUAUCUCAGUGAAAUGACCAGAGUUGCUCAUGGCUGGCUUGCAUUCACUGCGAUCAAAGCUGUGUGUGCACAGCAGUGCGUUAUGUGAAAAGUUACUCAGUAAAGUUGGUGUCGAAUUGUCUUCAGAUUCUCUGUUUGCACAGUGGUUCAUCCAUUCUUUGUGCCAGUUUGACUUGACAUUGACUUGUCUGUGCAUGUCUUUAUUAUUUUUUGUUGCUUCAUAAACCAGGUUUGUUGAUGCUCUGUUUACUCCACAAAGGUAUCCGAUGUGACCAUUUAAGCUCAAUAUUGGAUAAACUCAUCAAGCCCCAAAUGUGACAGACACAUAUGUUAUCUCAUGGUUUUCUGAAAAUUCUUUGCUGGAAAUUCACCGAUUCUAAUCAAGACUACAGACCCAGAAUAAAUCAGUGCAUUUCAGAAACACUGAUGAAUUUAUUUGUAUUUCUUCAAGAAAUGUCCCACUUUAAGGAACAAAACCCUGGCAAGUUUUGCCUACUAGUCUGCAGCAUAUGUACAUUUUUCACUGUCUUGGGGAGUUACAUUCCUGGAGUUGUCCUCUCCUAUGUCUUGUUAUUGUGUGCCUUUUUAUGUCCCUUCCUUAAGUGCAAUGAACUUGGACAGAAACUGUGCAGCAAAAUAAAGGCUGUUCUGAUGAAACUAGAUUUUGGAAUAGUGGAAUAUAUCAACCAGAAGAAAAAAGAAAGAUCUGAAACAGCAAAAACAAGACCCACAGAAGAUGACAGUGAAUUAGACAUAUCAGCUCUGUGUCCUAAGGUUAGUCCUGCAAUCGUUGCCAAAGAGCUGUCAGUAUCUGACACAGAUGUCUCAGAAGUAUCCUGGACUGAUAAUGGGACCUUUAACUUAUCCGAGGGGUAUUCUCCACAGACAGACACAUCUGAUGAUUUUGACCGACCCAGUGAUCAUGAAGAAGCUUUCACUAGAGAUCUUUUAGAGUUUCCCUCUUUAGAAAAUGGUGCCGGCACAAACGAUGACGACUCAAGCAUCAGUUUGCCCACCCAGCAAAAACGAAGGAAAGAGCAAACUGAUGUCAAGGCAGAUCAUGCUUCCAGACAGAGUAAAGAGAGACCAUCCACUGCAGGGCUGUCCUUGCCUUUGACUAGUGACCAAACCUUUAAUUUAAUGAGUGGACUUGCUGGUGAUGUCAUCACGGCUGCGGUGUCUGCUGCCAUCAAGGACCAGCUGCAGGCCCUACAGCAAGCUCCCUCACAGGCAGUGCCCAGUUUGAGCGAGGAGACAGACACAGAGGAAGCCGAUGAUUUUGAACUGCUUGACCAGUCUGAGCUAGAGCAGAUUGAGAAAGAAUUGGGACUUUCACAAGGUCAAGAAGCAGAAUCCCAGGAAAAGAAAAAGUCUUCAGGCUUCCUUUCAAAUCUGCUUGGAAGUCAUUAACCUUGAAGUUGCAGCUGGUAACACAGAAGAAACUAAACAUAAAACACAAAAGAACCCACCAUUAAAUACUACAAAACAAAAACAAAAAAAAGACAGAAGAAAAUUCUGAGCUGUAAGCUUUAACUAUCCCUUUAGAUGUGUUGUAAUAAUUUCCCUUAUGCAGAAUGAAUUAACUGGAUAAGUAUCAGCUAAUACUGAUAGUUUAAUGUUUCUGGUAGUUAUACCUCAAUGUAAUAACAUGGAAAUGAAUUCUCUAUCCACUUUUUGGUUGCAAAUGCGUGGUGGAAAUCAGUUGUUCAAAAUAGCUUGGGGAGAGAUUUCUUUUACCAUUUUGCCAACCAUCUAUUUUGGGGUCCUGAGCCAAAUUUCCAAUAUCAGCAGUUUAUUUACCCUAGUUUUCCGAUCAUGUAAUACAAUUAAUGACUCAUAUUGUGAGGGCAAGUUACCAGAGGGCUGCAGUAAGAUGAACUGUAUCUCACCUCCUUCAAUCCUAACAAAAAGUAUGGAUCCCUGCAUUAUAGUAGUGCAUCUACUAUAUAUGAAACACAUUAACUGACACAAUUCAAGUUUAAAUAUGUGUGGAACACUAUAAACCCCCAAGAUUUCAUACUUAAAACAUUUGAAUUAUUUUGGAUAUGAUGAUGCAUUUCCAAGGUUUUUGCUGUUAUAGGCUUGUAGAGUUGUAAAGUGGCAUGUUAUAUGACCACCUGCUGUGUUCCUUGAUGGAGUCUGGCCCUUGGCAGUAUUGACCAUGUGAAGUCAGCCAAUGAAACUUUAUGUUUAAAAGUUAAUAUUCUGUAAACUGAACAACCUUUUUGGGAGCAGGUGAGGGUAGUUAUUGUUUGGAGUAGAGAUUAGAGAUUUAAAAAAAAAAAGCAAAAAGGCUUUUUAGGCGCCACUUCCUUAUGUUUAGAUUCUGUAGGUUUUGGUUUGGCUUUUUUUCCCAUGAUAGCUGCUUCCACUUGCAACAAAAGUUUUGUUGCAAGGUGAUUAUUUAUACUUAGAAGCAUUUGGGGAGGUCAGCUGCUAGAGAAGACACUCAGAAUCUUCUUCUUGGCAUGUAAUUUAAAACAAAAAAAGAACUUGUUUAAACUAUUUGCCAGUUUAAAGUCCACACAUGCCGAGUGAGUGGCAUGGGAUUUCAAGCAGAUAACUUAUUUUUCUUGGGCUUUUUUGUUCACCUGUGACAAAACUGCAUUGCUAUACCAAGCAAUAGUAAUCCAAGAGAAGUAAGAAGUAAAGCUAGCUUUUUUGAUGUGAUGUAAACCAGUAGCAAAGUUGAGGGACCAUGUCAGCUGCUACUACUACUCAAGUAAAUUUCCAUUUGCUGGCAUUUGAAGAGGUAAAUACUGUCAUCUAGGACCCUCAAAAAGUACAGCAACAGAUGAUAAAAAUCUUCCACUAACAUAUAUGUGUAGGUAAACCUGUGUUUGAAAUUAACUUCAUUUUGUAUUUUUUUUUCCUUUUGAGGUGGAAGAAUAGGCAGAUGGCCAAAGAGUAUAGUAAAAGGAAGGAUGCCGAGAUGUUUUGACACUAGCUUUAUUGUUGCUUGUACUUUUUGUGUCAGUAAUGCAUUUGACUGUGUUUGCUGUCCUUUACAAGUAAAAGGGUAAGCCUGUGCCUUCAUUAUCAAAUACAUUAUGAAAUAAGUGGAUGCUGGAUAUAGAUCCCACAAGAUACAGCUUUCAAAUUACAGUAUCUCAACACCUGAGUUUCUGGAAAUCAUUAGAAAACAUGGCCCACAUCACUUCCACAGAAUUAGUUGCUAAGUUUUUUCUUUAGCUUUCACCAGAUUGUUCUUCUCAUUUGGAAAAAACAAAUUUUAAAAAAAAAAUCAAAUACUCAGCCAAAAUUUUAAAAAUUCCAAAAAAUUUUUUUGGAAAAUCAGUGAGUUUAAGAAGUUCUCAGAUGACUUAGCCUCAUUUCCUUGACACAUUUUAGGACAAUCUGUACAGUUAAAAGAGUACAGGUCCAAGUUGCUGAUGAAGGAUGCCCAAACAAUUGUGUGCUUUCUGGUCCAGGAGUACUGUUGCCAGAAGGGGAAAUAGGCUGCGGGACAGGGAGAGGCAGGAGGGAGGGAGAAGUCCUUCACAGGCUUUUCUGGAGCAGACUGGCAGGACAGACUAGCUGGCUGUCAAUGGUGGCAUUUAACAGUGUGCACUUUAUUGUUGUUUUAUGGAAAAUACUCAUGGUUAUGAAAGUAUGUAACACAGGGGCACUCUUCUAGAAUAAUAGAAAGAAAGAAAGAUCAGAAAGAAAAGCAAUUGGAGGAGUUUCUCAGACUGGUUUCAAGAUAGGUAAAUAGAUUGAUUGUUCUUCAGUAUGACUCUUUUUUUUUUUCCAGAAAGAAAAAAACAACCAAAACUUGAACAAAUAAAUCAUUAAAGUUAGGGACAUAGUUACUUAUAUGAGAGUUUUUAGAUUUUUUUUUUCUGCUGUCAUGAUAGUCAAUUACAUUCAAGCCCCUAAAUACUGUGUAAUGGGAAGGAUGUAAUUCUGUAACAUUUAAUAUUCUUCCUCAGGUAGUAAAAAGAUGUCUAAUUUUCUGCAGGAAAUUCUCUCUUCCCUUCCACACAACCACAUGUAAGAAACACUUCCCAUGGACACAAUACAUUCCACUGCCAGCAGUUUGCAAGCAAAACGCAAAGAAAAUGUUUCUCUCCUUUGUGGAUCCUCUCCACUGUGCCCUCAGUUGGAAAUCCCUUGAAAAAACUUCCUUUUGCUGUAUUAUAGCAGCAGCAAAGAAAUGGCAGUUCCUUAGAAAUUCCUGUCACAAUGGUCUGCAGCGUCUUUCCUACCGAGCACUGUUGUCACCUUCCCAUCCUUCAAAUGGAAUGGCUGGACAGGAAGCCAGGCAAGGGGGUAUAAGGGAACACAUAGCUUUGAAACAUGUGGUCUUUCCAUGGAAAAUCCUUGCAUGUGAUUGCCAGUCAAAAGGCACAUGGGCAGUGCAGAGGGCAUAGUGUGAGCCCAUGCCAUGGGGUAACAGUGUGUGAUCCUGCCUUGCACCUGGGAUCAGUGCUGCUUGUGAUGUGUGUGUGUGCACUUACCUGGCAGCAAAGGGUUCACCCUCUCGUGCUCUGCAGUGGCUUCUUCACGCAUCCUGAUGGAAGAAAAGGACAUAUGUCAGGGCAGGGAUGCAGGCUACUCUUUUGUACUCUGAAAAUUUCCCCUUGUGUCAGCAGUACACGAGUGACAGGAUCACCAUCAGAUUGGUGGCCUUUGGUGUGUCAAAUCCAGUGUAAAACCACCUGUUCCCAGAACACGGGGUUUCCAUGCAUAUGUACCACACACUUACUGACCACUCUUCUGUUUGUUAGUUGGAAAAAAAUGCUGUUCUAUGCAGAGGAGGUUAAAUAAUUGUAACCCAAAGUAACAGGAUGUGAAGAGAUACUUGUUCUACUUGUUCUGUGUUCAUUGUGCACUUUUGCCAGGCUGUCCCAGCUUUCUGAACAAAUAAAUCCCUGUAGUCUCCACAUCUGUUCUCACCACAUGAGCAGCGUCGCAGUCUGAGUAGUCCCCACCUGGACAACCAGAAACUGGAGAAUUACAAAAUGUCCGUAUUUAAGUAUUCUGCAGCACUUUACCUGCCUGAUCACUGUUUUGUAAACAUGGAACUAUUAUAUUGAUUGUGUUAAUAAAUAUGGGUUAGUUUUUAUCUUU